GGAUGGAUUUUACUCCUACUUCGUUACAAGCGGAAGGAUGUAGAAAGAGAGACGAUUACAAAAAGAAAGAUUUUAAUCCCUUUUCUCAGAGAUCUGUGGGGGCCGUGUGCUAACAUUUAAAUCGAAGGGGAGGGAGGAGAAAGGACUGAGGGUGGAGAGGAACCAAGGAGGUGGGGGCGGAGUCUAGUUCAGCAAAUAAAACCCCUCGAUCAAAGGGAGGCACGUUCAUGUGUGGAGGCAUUCUCCUGCCCAGAGAGAUGGGGCAGUCUGUGCCGUAAGGACGGAGAUCGGAAGAAGGAAAACAAGGACGAAAAGACAAGCGAGAAAUAAAAGGAUAUCAGGAAAGAGCAGAAGGCAGAAAGGGUGGGGAAAAGAAACCCACAUCAGGUGGAACAAGAUCUAGAGCAAACCGGUCCGGUGCACUGUUUGUUUUUCUGAGAGAGAAGAAACUACCUGAGGAUUGCCUUUUUUUUUUUUUUCUUCCUUCAGCUAAGGAAAACUACUUUUAUCCUCAUUAUAAAAGAAAAGGCUAAGGGAAGGUAAAGACAAUCUCUGUUUUAUUAGGGGGAGAGCUGAACGGAAUCAGACUACCUUCUUGAUACGUCUGAAAUAAGCCACUGCGGGGUAUACAUAGAGCAGAACCAUCCUGGUUUCUGAAGAUCUGCAUCCCUUUCAGGAGAAUUCCACAGAGAGUAGCUGAGGGUAGGAGUGGUCCUUAUUUCAGAAAAGAGCGUUUUAAUUUGAAAUCUCUCUGUAAAUAUGUUUACGCUCACACACACAUACUCUUUUUGAAAGAUACCUUUUGGAGAUUGAAAUCCUACUGAGAAAGAUGGAAAAAGGAGCCAGGCAACGAAGCAGCACUGAAAAGAAUCACCCAGGUGGGACCGAGUCAGAUGCCAGCCCUGAGACUGGUUCCGGAGGGGAUGGAGUAGCCCUGAAGAAAGAGAUCGGAUUGGUCAGUGCUUGUGGUAUCAUUGUAGGAAACAUCAUCGGCUCUGGAAUCUUCGUUUCACCGAAGGGCGUGCUGGAGAAUGCUGGCUCUGUGGGCCUCGCGCUCAUCGUCUGGAUUGUGACGGGUCUCAUCACAGCUGUGGGAGCCUUGUGCUAUGCGGAGCUCGGGGUCACCAUCCCCAAAUCUGGGGGUGACUACUCCUAUGUCAAGGAUAUCUUCGGAGGACUGGCUGGGUUCCUGAGGCUGUGGAUUGCUCUGCUGGUGAUCUACCCCACCAACCAAGCUGUCAUCUCCCUCACCUUCUCCAACUACGUGUUACAGCCGCUCUUCCCCACCUGCAUCCCCCCAGAGUAUGGCCUUCGAAUCCUGGCUGCAGUCUGCUUGUUGCUCCUCACAUGGGUCAACUGUUCCAGUGUGCGAUGGGCCACCCGGGUUCAAGACAUCUUCACAGCUGGGAAGCUCCUGGCUCUAGCCCUGAUCAUCAUCAUGGGGAUGGUGCAGAUCUGCAAAGGAGAAUACUUCUGGCUGGAGCCAAAGAAUGCGUUUGAGAAUUUCCAAGAGCCCGACAUUGGCCUCGUUGCACUGGCUUUCCUUCAGGGCUCCUUUGCCUACGGAGGCUGGAAUUUUCUUAAUUACGUGACUGAGGAACUUGUUGAUCCCUACAAGAACCUUCCCAGAGCCAUCUACAUCUCCAUCCCACUGGUCACAUUUGUGUAUGUCUUUGCCAAUAUUGCUUAUGUCACUGCAAUGUCCCCUCAGGAGCUGCUGGCAUCAAAUGCAGUCGCUGUGACUUUUGGAGAGAAGCUCCUGGGCAUCAUGGCCUGGAUCAUGCCCAUUUCUGUUGCCCUGUCCACAUUUGGAGGUGUCAAUGGGUCUCUCUUCACCUCCUCCCGGCUGUUCUUUGCUGGAGCCAGGGAAGGCCACCUUCCCAUCGUGCUGGCCAUGAUCCACGUGAAGCGCUGCACCCCAAUCCCAGCCCUGCUCUUCACCUGCAUAUCCACCCUGCUGAUGCUGGUCACCAGUGACAUGUACACACUCAUCAACUAUGUGGGCUUCAUCAACUACCUCUUCUAUGGAGUCACAAUUGCUGGACAGAUAGUCCUUCGCUGGAAGAAGCCUGACAUCCCCCGCCCCAUUAAGAUCAGCCUGUUCUUCCCCAUCAUCUACUUGCUGUUCUGGGCCUUCCUGCUCGUCUUCAGCCUGUGGUCGGAGCCAGUGGUGUGUGGCAUUGGCCUGGCCAUCAUGCUGACUGGCGUGCCUGUCUAUUUCCUGGGUGUUUACUGGCAACACAAGCCCAAGUGUUUCAGUGACUUCAUUGAAUUGCUAACCCUGGUGAGCCAAAAGAUGUGUGUGGUCGUGUACCCCAAGGUGGAGGGGGGCUUGAGAGCAGAGGAGAUGACUGAGGAGAUGGAAGAGCAGCAGCAGCCCAUGUACUCUCCCACUCCCUCUAAGGAGCAGGGAUCCGAGGACCAGCCCCAGGCCUGAGGACUGCCACACCCCUCUCAGCUGGCUCCUCCCUCCUUCAUCCCCCUUUCUGCCCUGCUUCCCUGUCUGGGGUCCCCCCAGCACACACACACACAUAUACCCUUCUGUCAGACAGGGGCAGGACCUGGAUAUGGGUGGUAAGAAGUUGUAAACAAAGACACUGACAUUUGGACCCAAAGAACCAGCCUCUCACCCCCAGGUCGCCACACCAGGGCUGCCCAUGCUCUGAGUGGUUAGAGGGGAGAGGAG